AUGGACAGCUUCGACCUCGCCAACGCACCCCCCGAAAUCCAAGCCUACACCAUCCCAAUCAUCUGCCUGAACCUUUACACCAAUGGCAGCUGGCUCUACGUCUAUUUCGGCAUGAUCUACCGCUCCAUAAAAGACAAGUCCUACGCCAUGCCCCUCUACUCCCAAUGUCUUAAUAUCGCCUGGGAAAUAACCUACGGUCUUAUAUACGUCGACGACUGGAUGAUCUUCGCCACGUUCCUUGUCACCUUCCCCACGAACUGCCUCGUCAUCUGGGCGGCCAUGAACCACGGCGCAAGAGAGUGGGACCGCUCGCCCCUGGUACAGCGCUAUCACCUCUGGUACUAUGUGGUCGGGACGAUGGUCUCUGUUGCGCUGCACAUGUGCGCUGCGUCGGAGCUGGGAAUUGAAAAGGCAUUCUUUGUCGGUGCGAUCGGGUGUCAAGCGGUGUUAAGUGUGGGGUAUCUUGGGAAUUUGAUUCAUAGGGGUAGUACGAGGGGCUUUUCGAUGCAUUUGUGGUAUUUCCGCUUCACAGGCUCCCUAACCCUCGUCCCCGAGUUCUACCUGCGGGUAAAGUACUGGCCCGAGAGAUUCGGCUUCCUAGGCCAACCCAUCAUGCUCUGGUGCUGUGCUGUCUUCCUAGGCUUUGACUUGGUCUACGGGAUCUGUUUUUGGUAUAUUCGGCGACAGGAACGCGAGACGGGAAUGCUGCUUGCUGAUGGACGGAAGAGGAAGUGA